AUGGGCAUCCAGAAUGUGGUCACGGGUCUGAAGCGUCAGCUCGCGGACGAGGAAUCAGAAGAGGAAGAGGAGGAGGAGGAGGAAGUAGAAGACGAGAUGGAAAUGGUAGGAGUCCAAGAGAAGGCUCCAGGUGCUGGUGUCGAGUCUUCUGAGAGCGCUGCGGAGAGAGGCCCUGCCCCAUCCAAACCGGCGAUACCCGCUCUGCCUCUGGAUGAGGUAUUCCGUUACAUGAUGACUGGCACACAGCCCAAUCUGAGCUAUCUCAAAGGAUAUUGUUAUACGGCCGCCACCAAAACCCGCGUGUCCGAGUCCUUUUUCCGUCUGCACAGGGAAAUUCGUUUGAUUAUUUACGAGCACGUCUUCACAUUACCACCACUGAGCGGCGGGACCUAUCCGGAUUUCCUUCCCGUCCGGUUCAAUCUGGAGCGCUUCCUUGCCCUCCUGUUGACUUGUCGCACAAUUUAUUGGGAGGCGCGGUUGAUUCCUUUCAAGGCUAACAUCUUCAACCUUUGCCGUCCAUUGGACCCUUUCUGGAGUAUGCAUUGUAGCCUCCAACUCAUCCGCAGCCUCCGCCGAUGGCAGGUCGACGCCUUGCAGGGCAUGGUGAUACAUCUACAGCAGGACGACAUUGUUGGAUUCUAUUCCUUCGCCAGAAUGUCCGUCCACACUCACCGUGGUCUCUUGGCUGAGAACGUCGACCUCGGAUGCCCGAUUGCUCCUCUUUUCGACAGGGUGGUCACCGAGCUAGGCUCCGAACCCAGUUACCUGCACAUGCGGGACAACAACGCCGAAUUCAAGACCAUCGGACCGCUCAAACCGGGCUCGAAGUGGUCGGAGAUCCUGAAGGACUGGGUCGGCAAGGACGUUGUGCUUUCCCGACUGGCCCGUCCGAAGGCAUCCUGGGCUCUUCUGUGCUGA